AUAAUGCGCGAAAACGAAACAACUUGAUCGAUAUAGUGCACUGCUUGUGGCCUUAUCGUCCGACCCGUCGAACGAAACCUUAGGACACAUAGUAAGGCCGUUGGAAGCACCUUAUAAACAACAAGGAUGCCAUCGCCAGAGAGAAUUGUGACUCUGAUUGACAUGGACUGCUUCUAUGUUCAAGUGGAGCAGAGGAGGAACCCAGCACUGAAGGGCCAGCCCUGUGCUGUAGUACAAUACAACACCUGGCAAGGAGGAGGGAUUAUAGCUGUCAGCUAUGAGGCCAGGGCCCACGGAGUCACAAGGCAAAUGAGAGGUGGCCUGGCCAAAGAGAAAUGCCCGGCUAUCCAACUGGUCCAGGUCCCUGUGAAUCGAGGAAAAGCAGACCUCACCAGGUAUCGAGAAGCAGGAGCAGAGGUCAUCACCGUCCUGACCCAGUUCAGUAACUGCGUGGAGAGGGCCAGUAUCGACGAGGCCUACGUUGACCUGACCGAGGCCGUUCACUCGCGCAUGGCCGAGAUGGGAGGGGAGUCCGUCAGCGUGGACAUGCUGCCCAAUACACACGUGGCUGGAUGGGACGGGCAGCAAGGGGCGGGGCUUGAGACCUCCGAGGGAGAGGAUGAAGGGAACGGAGAGGAAAAUGAGGGCAAUGGUCCGUCCGCGGCACCACUCACCGCAGAAGAUGCCAGGAGAACAGGCACAUUCCAGUGGCUAGACCAAGUGACAGAUCUUGAGAACAAACGGCUUGCUGUCGCCUCCGUCAUUGUUGAGGAAAUGAGGGCCGCUGUCCUUGAACAGACCAAGUUCCACUGCUCGGCUGGAAUCUCACAUAACAAGGUGUUGGCCAAGCUGGCCUGUGGCCUGCAUAAACCCAAGCAACAGACAGCAGUGCCCAAGCAGAGUGUCGAACUGCUCUUCAAAACGCUACCUAUCAAGAAAAUUCGCAAUUUAGGCGGGAAGCUGGGCCGGAGCCUGACAGACGACCUGGGCAUUGAGUUCAUGGGCGACCUGUGCCGCUACACGGAGAAACAACUCCAGGCUAAAGUGGGCGACAAAACAGGUGCCUGGUUGUAUGGUCUUUGUCGUGGCAUAGAUGACGAACCAAUCAAAGCCCGUCUUUUACCCAAGUCAGUAGGCUGUGGCAAGAACUUCCGAGGGAAGAUGGCACUGGACACAAAACAAAAGGUCAAGCACUGGAUCAGCCAGCUGGCUGAGGAGGUGACUGAGAGAUUGGUCCGGGAACAAGACUUGAAUAACCGCAUGGCCAAGUUGCUGUCUGUUCACGUACAGCAGAACUGCAAUCCCCCCACCAGCCUGAGUCGUUCCUGUGCCUUGCAUCACAUCGAUGCCGCUACCAUAGCCAAGGAUGUCUUCAUGGUCAUACAGAGCCUAAACAUGGCUGGCAAUCAGCAAGAAGCAUGGGUGCCUGCAAUCACUAGCCUUGGCGUAUCGGCGUCCAAGUUCAGUGAGAUCCAGACGGGGAAAUCAGGCAUCAAGCGCCUGGAUACCUUCCUGACAAGUGUGGCCAGGCUGAGCGAGGACCAACCUUGCACAUCAUCGGCCACGGAAGAUGACGAGGAUACAGACCUAGACCAGCCUGGCAAGGCAAGGCCUUCGGCUGGCAUCCAACAGAAGGGGUCUGAUGUGGCCUCUGGCUCCAAGGAUCUCCCAGCUGCUAGGAAAUACGGGAUCCAGGCCUUCUUCACACCAAGAAAGGACGACACCAACAACAGCAGUAGUCCUGUUGCUGAAGACAAAGGGCACUGUAAGGACACCGGUGAUGGAACGCCCCGGUUAGAAUCACCCAGGAGAGGACCAAAAAAGGGAUAUGUCAAGAAGAACAGGGAACCUUUCUUCAGGAACUAUACCCAGACAGUGAGAGAAGGUACAGAAGGUGAUUAUAGAACACAUGGUGUCAACAGAACCAGUGGGGAAAACAACGAGGUUUUCGACAGGGAAAAUGUGGGUUUGGAAGGCAGUUGUUUUGGCGGUGCGACCAACACCAAUUCAAAACUUCACAGUGGAACGAGUUCAGCUGCCGAAAACGGGAAGGGGCUGAUGGAGAACCAAACACUGGAGAAAAUUGAACCUUUGUGCAUGAGCGAGUGUAGUGCAUCUCAAGCAGUGAUGGCCGAACAGGGCCCGUCACUAAUGUGCAAUCCAUCAGUGCAACAACCGAAAGCUUCUCUCAAUCCCACCUCUGACACCAGCUUGACCUCUGACAUGAUCGUGUGCGACAAGUGCAACAAAUCAGUAUCCCCCUGGGACUACCCGGAACAUCUUGAUUACCACUUUGCCGUGGAGUUGCAGGCUGAAAUGCGGGUGGCAACCGCCAGCGCUGCAAGCAGCCAGCGUAGUCCGACCCACAAUACCUUGGGACAAAAUCCCUCUGGGCCAGGAAAAGGAGGGGCUGGGGGUGUCAAGAGGAGAAGCAAGUCCCCGAGAUCCUCAGAAGGGUCUAAGAAACCCAAAACCAAAGCCGCCUCAGGGACACUGCAUUCCUUUUUUAAGCAGAAAUGAUAUUAGGUUUGCAAAAAAGAUACUGAGCGUUCUUUGAACUUGCACACUGCAAAGAUACUGUUCUUGCACUUGUACCAUCUCAAACCUUUCAGCCCUGCAUUGGCAGUUCCCAAAAUUGUCAUUGCUAGUUAGAAAAUAAUAUCCAGUAGAGGAAUACUAUAACUUACUGUCAGUCAUGUGCAUGGUUGAUUUUUCUACAUAAUAUCACAUAGAACUUUUCUGGAAUUUACUGUAUUGUAAUAAUUGUAGAUACUUUAUUCAAUAAAAUUUGAAAAAUAUUUUGGAUACCAAAUAUGUAUUUCUUUUGCAAUUUAAAACAUCAAUAUCUGAGGGUUGUUUGUAGAAUUUAUGCAUUACCUUUUCAAUAAAAUCUGGACUUUUUCCAUUUCACUCGGCUUCGCCUCGUGAAAUGUAAAAGUCCAGAUUUUACCUUGCGAUAAUAUUCCUCCCAUUUCACUCUGAGCCAAUCAAUAUUUGUAUAAUAACAUGUUCAGUCCAUCUAUAAGUGUACAAGCACAUAGUGCAUCUGGUAUACAAUUGUUUUUAUGAAAUGUUGAUCAUAUCUUGUGUUUACAUAUACCUGGACGGCUUUCAUGUACAUGUAAAAGUAUGGCGAGUUUACUUGUCCAGUAGGAAGGUACAUCUUCGUAUCCACAACGUAUUUAAGGUGUUGAAUAAACACAGUGUAAUGCUGCUAUUGGGUUAAUACAGUGUGCAAAAUACUUGUCAAUAUAAUUGUAUCUGAUAUCAAUAUAUGCAUAUUUAUUGGUAAUUUAAUUUGCACAAAUGGAGUUAAUUCACUGUUUCGAAUAACUAAAAGUAUACAUGUGCAAUAAAGAAAUACCGGUAGGUAUAGAAUUUUGGACAAAGAA